CUCAUGUCUACAUAUUGAGCAGCUAAAUUAUUUAAAACGAAGUCUAAAUCUAUCAAUAGCCAGUCGUAUUAAAUAAUUUCAGUCAGACAGUUUGAAAUGGAACACACGGGUUUCAUUACGUUCUUCGUGCUUUUUACAACGAUGGUUCUAUUUGGCUCAGAUGUGAAAGCAUCAGUUAUAGAUAUAACCGCCGAAAGUGUACAAGGUCGGACCAAACGAACUAUUGGAUCGGCCAGCAGCUUCAUCAACUGCAUAACCGUGCUCGAUGGUGUGGAUCAACGUUUCUGUUCCUACGAGCAGCCCAUCCUGAAAGCAAUCGAGCGAGUUGCAAUCAAAGGCACAGAAGCGGAACGCAAGCGCCUUCCCUGCCCCCCGAGAAAGACAUUUCGCAAGCAGUGCAACUUGUGUGAAUGCCUGGAGAAUGGAGUGCUGACUUGCACUGUGGAUUCGUGUGCGGAGGAUUUUUACGACGCCAGUGGUCUGCCGAAAUAUUGGUAAAUUAGCGGAUGUAGUGUGGUGUGCUUUUCCGCUUUUCUUCCGUAUACCUUAUGGCCAAAACAGAAUAGCUCGUACACAAUGCAUGACAUAAAUUGGUCGGAAAUUAGUAUAAUUUAUGGGUCUGCGAUUAUACCACAUAUACGGAAUAAAUUGAUGCCAUUGACGUGUAAGGCCGUGGCUUUCAACCUUUUUCGUGUAAAUGUUUUAGUUUUCUUAGCUCCUAGUAUAUAAGAGAUAUUUAAAGACAACAACAGAUAUAUAGAUUGUUUCGAAUUCCAAAGAUAUGAUAUGA